AUACUAUCAUAAAUCUCCCAAGUAAAUUUGUUCUCAUAACUUCCAAUGCAAACAUGGUCAUAGAACUACUACUUGCUGACAACGCUAGUAAGUCGGUUGUUAAACAGCGUUUUCGGGGCGCAUCGAAUUCAGAACAGAAGAAGAAAGUGGGCGCGACCAUCAUCAAAAUGCCGAGUGAGCAAGCACAAACCAAAGUCUACAGGAGAAUGACUCAGAUGGACCUAGCUCUGAACUACCAUAGUGCCAUCCAAGUUGCCACACGCACGGUGCCUCCGAAUACGGUUCAAGUGGACU